AUGCGCUCCCGACUCCUGGUGCGCUUCUUGGCCGCUCUGCUGCUGACCUGGCCCGGGCUCACCUUCUUCGGGCGCCGCGGCCAGAGCUCGUCCGAUGCCGUGGAUGCUCUGGUGAAGGAUCUCCAGGCCCUGGGCAGCGCCGGGCAGGAUGCAGCCAACAUGGCUUCAGCCUUGCUCGGGGGCCUUCAAGAUUCCAAGCUGUUGGCAGACAGCAGCUACGACGCGCGUCGGCGAGUUGCAAAGUUCAAGAUCGCAGGAGGCGGCGCGACAGGGGAGUUCUUCCCAGACCUCCGGAUCUGGCUCCAGGUUCAGCUGGACAAGAAUUUGAGAAUCAGCUGGGAGAAGGCUAGAUCCGGAGCUGUUGUCCUCCACUUCUCUGGCCUCUCUUUUGCUCCCCUUCCGGGAGCACAGGAGCUUUAUUUGAAGGCCGGCUUGGACUCUUUUACGUGCCCUUCCAUCAAGUCCGUGAACCAGGAGGAGUAUUACCAGUGCCACCUCAAAAAGGCACUCGUGAUGGAAGAAUUCUGGAAAGCGAACCGGACUCAAAUCCCGAAGAACCUGCAGCACCAGUUUGCUUUCAUCGGAGACAACACGGUGAUUUCCCACCUCUCGGAACAACUUGGGCAUGGGUUUGGCUGGUCCAUGCUCCUGGUCUUGUCUGCACCCCCGUCGACGGUAGAAACCCUCGAAUUCUCGGAGAACGGCGUGCGAGGAACCUCUAUUCACGACAAGAACCAGGCUGGCGCCAAGCUCUCAGCGAAGCAUGGCUUCAAAGACCUGAGCCUCAACAUCGCUAGGCCUCUGGUCGGAGACUCGCGCUUUGGUGGGUUCGUUCGCUCCGUGGGUGAGCGGAUAAUGCCAGUGGCUUGCAACUUCGGCAUCCUUUGUUCGGUCGGAGAGCCCCGAUGGCGCUCGAAAGGAAUUCGAGGAGCCGACCCGAAAGUGGUCGCGAGCAUGUUCCGCCGUCGCGGCACCAAGGGCCCGAACGGCGAGGAGGGCUGCCUGACGUGGAAGUCGAAGAAGCGGCGGCUCGUCCGUGCGCUGCAGCAGCCCAAGGCAAUUCUACUGGAAGGCCCGCCAGGGCUUGGAAAAACGGCUACUGUCCAAGCUCUUGCAAAAGCCACCAAGCGGCGUCUGUUGCGGAUCAAUUUGUCUGAGCAGACGGACCUUUUGGAUCUGCUGGGUUCCGACUUGCCGAUGCCGGGCAGCGAGGUGGCAGCUUUCCGCUGGAGCGAUGGAGCCCUCCUUCGAGCGCUAAAGCGUGGAGAUUGGGUCCUGCUUGAUGAGAUCAACCUGGCACCACAGGCCACAUUGGAGGGCCUCAAUGCCUUGCUGGACCAUCGCAGAGAGGUCUUCUUGCCCGCCAUUGGCCAGACGGUGUCUGCUCAUGCAGGCUUCAGGCUUUUCGCCGCUCAGAAUCCGGUAGCGACCGGAGGUGGACGGAAAGGGCUGCCAAGAUCAUUCCUGAACCGCUUUACUCGUGUCGUGCUUUCUCAGCUGUCACCAGAAGAUCUGCGUCACAUUUGCGAGCAUGCCCAUGGCAGCGCUCUGGGAAAGGAAGUGGUGGACCAGACGGUCCGACUGGUCGAGGAGCUUCAGUUGGCAUCGCAGGGUGCAAGUGAAGAAGGCGGGAGGCCCUUCGAAGCACAGCUGGACUUUGAUUGGAAUCUGCGCGAUGCCUUGCGACUUUGCGAGCUUUUGCGUGCGAAGGCACCUUUGGCCCAUCACUGCCAGGCCUCUGCGGAGCUUCUCUUUGUGUCCCGUCUUCGCUGUGACAUGGAUCGUGAUGUGGCACGGCGCGUGAUCUCCAGGAUCUUUCCGCCUCGCCCGGCGAGCUUCGGAGCCGAAAGAGAGAAGGACGGGGCAGCAGCUGAUCGGAAGGCAAUCGCUCAGUGA